AGCUGAGGAGGCCGGACAUUCGAGAGCGGCCGGUGUACAGCUCCGGAGUCCUCAGCGCUCCGCUCCAGCUCUUCUGAGGCGGCCGUACAAUCCUCGGCAGUGUCCUGAGACUGUAUGGUCAUCUCAGCGGCCGCACUCGCCUGCCCCCGGAUUUUUUCCAACUUGCUCUUCGAGCCACUGUUUUUUUUGUUGUUGUUGUUUUGUUUUUUGUUUGUUUGUUUUGUUUGCUUGUUGGUUGGUUGGUUUGGUUUUGUCAGAUCCUAGAAAAGUGACUCCUGUUCGGGGAUAAACGGAACUUCUGGUCCCUUGUCGCUGCUCUGUCUUUUGGCGUCUUACAACCUCCUCCCACUCCUUUCCCCGGCCCCGCCUCCUCCUGCAGGUUCCUCCCCGUCACCCCUCUCCUCCCUCCUCCGCACCUAGCCAGCCGUCCGCAAACUUCCACCUGAUUGUGCGGGACUCGGACCUGCGAACGCUAAAGACCUUUCACACCUGCCGGGGCGACGGAGAGCGGCGGAGGUCCACAGCAAAGAGAGCGGCUGAAGCCCCUGCGGGGUUUAGAAACCCAGGUGCUCCGGGUCUCGGAGGGCCACGGCGACAAUGACAGCUGACAAGGAGAAGAAAAGGAGCAGCUCAGAGCUGAGGAAGGAGAAAUCCCGAGAUGCUGCAAGGUGCCGGCGCAGCAAGGAGACAGAGGUCUUCUAUGAACUGGCUCAUGAGUUACCCCUGCCCCACACUGUGAGCUCCCACCUGGACAAAGCCUCCAUCAUGCGUCUAGCCAUCAGCUUCCUGCGGACACAUAAGCUCCUGUCCUCAGUCUGCUCUGAAAAUGAAUCUGAAGCUGAGGCUGACCAGCAAAUGGAUAACUUGUACCUGAAAGCCUUGGAGGGUUUCAUUGCUGUGGUGACCCAAGACGGUGACAUGAUCUUUCUGUCGGAAAACAUCAGCAAGUUCAUGGGACUUACCCAGGUAGAACUGACAGGACACAGCAUCUUUGACUUCACUCAUCCUUGCGACCACGAGGAGAUCCGUGAGAACCUGACUCUCAAAAAUGGCACUGGUUUUGGGAAGAAGAGUAAAGACAUGUCUACCGAGCGUGACUUCUUCAUGAGGAUGAAGUGCACAGUUACCAACAGAGGCCGGACUGUCAACCUCAAGUCCGCCACCUGGAAGGUCUUGCACUGCACCGGGCAAGUGAGAGUCUACAACAACUGUCCCCCUCACAAUAGCCUCUGUGGCUACAAGGAGCCUCUGCUGUCCUGCCUCAUCAUCAUGUGUGAGCCGAUCCAGCACCCGUCUCACAUGGACAUCCCCUUGGACAGCAAGACUUUCCUGAGCCGCCACAGCAUGGACAUGAAGUUCACCUACUGUGAUGACAGAAUCUUGGAACUGAUUGGUUACCACCCUGAGGAGCUACUUGGCCGCUCUGCCUAUGAGUUCUACCAUGCCCUGGACUCGGAGAACAUGACCAAAAGUCACCAGAACCUGUGCACCAAGGGGCAGGUGGUGUCCGGCCAGUACCGGAUGCUGGCCAAACAUGGAGGAUAUGUGUGGUUGGAGACCCAGGGGACAGUCAUCUACAACCCCCGCAACCUACAGCCCCAGUGUAUCAUGUGUGUCAACUAUGUCCUGAGUGAGAUAGAGAAGAACGAUGUGGUGUUCUCCAUGGACCAGACAGAAUCCCUGUUCAAGCCUCACCUCAUGGCCAUGAACAGCAUCUUUGACAGCAGUGAUGAUGUGGCCGUAUCUGAGAAGAGCAACUACCUGUUCACCAAACUGAAGGAGGAACCGGAGGAGCUGGCCCGGCUGGCCCCUACCCCAGGAGAUGCCAUCAUUUCUCUGGAUUUCGGAAGCCAGAACUUUGACGAAUCCUCAGCCUAUGGCAAGGGUGUCCUUCCCCCAGGCCAGCCAUGGGCUGCAGAACUGAGAAGCCACAGUGUCCAGAGUGAGUCUGAGAGCUUGCCUGCCUUCACCAUGCCCCAGGCAGGCACCCCAGGGAACACCACACCCAGCGCCACAAGCAGCAGUAGCUGUUCCACGCCCAGCAGCCCUGAGGAUUACUACUCGUCUCUGGAGAAUCACUUGAAGAUCGAAGUGAUCGAGAAGCUCUUUGCCAUGGACACAGAGGCAAAGGACCCAUGCAGUACCCAGACGGACUUCAACGAACUGGACUUGGAGACCCUGGCACCCUACAUCCCUAUGGAUGGCGAGGACUUCCAGCUAAGUCCCAUCUGCCCUGAGGAGCCGCUCGUGCCAGAGAACCCCCAGCCCACCCCCCAGCACUGUUUCAGUACCAUGACAAGCAUCUUCCAGCCGCUAACCCCAGGGGCCACCCAUAGCCCCUUCUUCCUCGAUAAGUACCCGCAGCAAUUGGAGAGCAGGAAGACAGAGCCCGAGCACUGGCCCGUGUCUUCCAUCUUCUUUGAUGCUGGGAGCAAAGGGUCCCUGCCCCCAUGCUGUGGCCAGGCCAGCACCCCUCUCUCUUCUAUGGGGGGCAGAUCCAACACUCAGUGGCCCCCAGAUCCACCAUUACAUUUUGGCCCUACAAAGUGGCCUGUGGGCGAUCAGAGCGCUGAAUCCCUGGGAGCUCUGCCACUGGGGUCAUCGCAAUUGGAGCCUCCGAGCACCCCGCCUCAUGUCUCCAUGUUCAAGAUGAGGUCUGCAAAGGACUUUGGGGCUCGAGGCCCAUACAUGAUGAGCCCAGCCAUGAUAGCCCUGUCCAACAAGCUGAAGCUAAAGCGGCAGCUGGAGUAUGAGGAGCAGGCCUUCCCAGACACACGCGGGGGGGACCCUCCAGACACCAGCAGUUCACAUUUGAUGUGGAAACGCAUGAAGAGCCUCAUGGGUGGGACCUGUCCUUUGAUGCCCGACAAGACCAUCAGUGCAAAUGUGGCCCCUGAUGAAUUCACCAAAAAAUCCAUGAGAGGCCCAGGCCAGCCACUGAGACACCUGCCACCUCCCCAGCCACCAUCUACCAGGAGCCCAGGGGAGAAUGCCAAGAGUGGGUUCCCGCCACAGUGCUAUGCCUCCCCGUUCCAGGACUGCAGUCCUCCAGGAGCUCAAAGGAUGUCAGGCGUGGCAAGUCGACUGCUGGGGCCAUCGUUUGAGCCUUACCUGUUGCCGGAACUGACCAGAUAUGACUGUGAGGUGAAUGUCCCCGUGCCCGGAAGCUCCACACUCCUGCAGGGGAGAGACCUUCUCAGAGCUCUGGACCAGGCCACCUGAGCCAGGGCCUCUGGCCGGGCAUGUCCCUGCCCUGCCAUCUUGUCCUGCCAGCUUCACUUCCGUCUGUGUUGCAAUUAGGUAUCUCUAACCAGCACACUUCUUACGAGAUGUACUCACCUGGCCUACUGGCCAGGUCACCAAGCAGUGGCCUUUAUCUGACAUGCUCACUUUAUUACCCAUGUUUUAAAAAUACAUAGUUGUUUUACCUGCUAUGUUUUACUGUUGAUGAAGUGUUCUGAAAUUUUAUAAGAUUUCCCCCUCCCUCCCUUGAAUUACUUCUAAUUUAUAUUCCCCAAAGGUUUCUCUCUCACAUUCAGUAUCCAUACUAACAAGCAUGGUGGCUGCUGCCUCUCCGUAGGAAAAGCUUUGGCUUCAUUCAACUAAAGUGUUCUUGUCCUUGUUGUUGCCAAAGAGAAAAGGAUUUUGAUUUCCAAGCUUCGCUGUGGAUUUUCCCUCUCCUCCGUCUCCCACAACUAACUCUCUCUCUCUCUUUCUCUCUUUCUCUCUCUCUCUCUCUCUCUCUCUCUCUCUCUCUCUCUCUCUCUCACACACACACACACACACACACACACACAUCCCUGAUCACCAUAUUGUAAAAUUUAGUGUUUUUAAAGCCAACUCUUUGCUCCGAUUUUCAUACGACUUGAUAUGGGGCAAAAAAAAAAAAAAAAAAAAAAGCAAUGUGAAGUCAACUCUAGGGUUACCUGUGAAGCCAUGUGGAGGCCUUCCUAAGCCGUUUGGUGAUGUCCCCCAUCUCACCCCGGGGCCAGUGGAUUUUUUUAAACUGUUAUUCAAAAGCAAAACUGAGUAAUUUUUUUUUUUAAGAAAAAUUUAUAUCCUGGUUUAGCGUUUAUCAUAUAUAAUGGGUACUUUGUAACAUCUAAAAGCUUAGAAAUGGAAUCCUGCUCACAGAAACCGCCUUUAAGAUCUUUUUAGGGCUGCUAAUUUUAUUGUUCUCAGUGUUCUGGACACCGUAGACCUGUGCAGUACUUCCGCAGGCCUGUACUAACCGCCACGAUCUUCUUCUCACUCUCUUUCUCUCUGGUGACUUUUUGCUUUUGUGAUAUGCCAUUCGUGUAACAAACAAUCCCAGGAGUGAAGUUAUUAAGGGGGAACAUUGCAAGCUAUCUUCUCCCCUCGUGUUCUCUGUGUUUACGUAUGUGUGUGCUGUUGCUGCCGGGAGGACUCUGAAGACAGGUCGCAGGCUCUGAUGUCGCGGGCGGAAAGGAAGCGCUUUUACUUUUUUUUUUUCAGGCGGUGUUGCUAGCCCUUCAAGUGCACUGAGCUCUGUGACUGCCAAUCUCUCUCAUACCGCACAUUUGGGUGUUUCCAUAGCUACCAUGAAAUGGUUUUGAUGGGAAUUCACAAAGCAAGUGAGGAUUCGCAAAUGUAGGGACCCAGCCUUUGAGCUAGACUGGGAGAGGGUGCCAGGUGGAGGGUAGCAGGUCCGACCAGCCCUACACCCUGCCACAAAUCUCAGCUUGCAGGGCAAAUAGCCCUGCGAAGCCUCGGUGCAGCGCCCCCUGCUGGCGAGCAGCGGGCAGACCUCCAGGGUCAGUCUCUAGCUGAGGUCUCAGUCACAUGAAGUGACAUGAACAGGUAGAAAGCACUGAAAAUGAUGUUCCAAGAGCACUUUGUAACUCUCUGAGGGGGAGGGGAAGCACCUUUUGGGUUUGUGAUACCAAUCAACAUAAGGUGUUGUUGAUUGUACUCGGGUACAAUAAAAUUUUCAAUA